CAUUCUGUCACGUAACGGCAUGCUUCUUUCGUCUUUCCUGACACGCGCGUUUCGACUCGAUCCUGUUGCGCGAAAUCGCGCUUUGAUUCCCCAUGAUACGUUCUUUCGCAGAGAAGCUACUCGCAAGAGCCGAGGGAACGCGACAAAGUUACCAAAGCCCGUCUCCGAAGUCUGGCAAGUUCCCCGUUAUAACGAACUACCUUUCCAGUUGCCUACGACUCAUCGACUCGCGGCGAUGUCUUUAUCGUCUAUCGUCUCUCGGAUGUUUCGAGCUCGCGCGAAAUUACGAGCGACCGGGUAAAGUAGAAGCGUCGCGCUUCAGCCGGUAACUGCCAUCGGAGAAUCGACUUUUCUCUCGCUUCCUCGACGUUCCGACGCGUAGAACGAAAAUUGGCGAAUCGCGAAAGCUCGAAGAACGUCGAGAUACCAUGGAAUUCGCCAGGAACGCGCCAAACUCUCUAGUUUCACGCGUGGCGUCGGCGGCGUACGGAUGUCGACGAGCCUGCAGCCAUUUGUCCUCCGCAUCCCCCGGUAAUUUCGACGACAGUCGGACCGUGUCAACCUCGCAAUUCGAAUACCCAACGCCGCUAUCACGGUUCGUAUCGUAAUCGAGGAAACGAAUAAUCGAGGAAACGUUAAACAGGAAAAAGACAAGGCUGAUUCGUUUAUCGUUAACUUCUAAUUAGUCGCUUUCGCGCGUAUUCCCGCAGCGGACUUGCAUUUUUCCUUCGAACGAAUCUUCUUUUUCACCUACUUUUUCUCUUUAACGAUUAUCGCCGCGUAUAACGUUCGAUUUAUCUGUAAAUUCAACGGAUUAAACCGUCGAUGAUUACAGCUUCUCCGUAAUUGCUCGUAAUCGUUGGAAAUUUAUGCUCGCGUAUAGAGAUACGCGGACACCAAUUAUAGCGGAAAACGGCGUCGCUCGGAUCGUAGCUGUUGUAUUCGCGCAACAUCUAGUUCGCUCGUAAACGUCUAGAAAUUCGCAUAACUGCGCGAAAUCGUUGACUACGACAGCGAUUUUCGACCGUGAAACACGACUCGCGAGUGUGUCGACGAGCUGGAAGGGUUCGUUCGAUGCGACUUCACGGAUAAUUUGUUGGUUUUGAAACGGUUUGCCGGUCUCCGUGGCAUCGUAUUUGCGAAACUCGUACGAAACUCUGCGAGUUUCACGGGGUGACGUUGCCUCCGUUUAAUUUUCCCACGGAACGCGACGUUGUCCGAUAAAACGUAGCUUCUUCGCAGAAUUAUUCCUCCCGAUGGUUAUUAACGUAAAUAGUUUUCGACGAGUUUGCCGUGCAAAUUCGAACGAAGCGUCGAUAAGGCAUUUUCAAAGACCCGCUUGCUUUGUUUAAAAGCAGAGACGAAAGCAAGCUUUUGCGAGCGAAGAGAAAAUCGCGAUAAAUUGACAAAGUUUGGAAUUCACGGAAGCAACUCCACCUCCUCCCCAAUUACUGGAAUUUACCCAAUAGUACCACAAACGGUCUUCAGUUUCUUAAGCGCGUUGUUUCGCGGAUAAAAAGUUAUAGGAAAACGGUUGUUCGAUGGAUCCGGAGGCAAGAAGCCGCUACGGAGAGAGACAACCCGCCCUUAAACUCUAUCGAAAAAGGGCGUAUCUGGCGCUGUUCGACGUUGCAAAGUUUCGUAAGAAGAUAACGACGGAAGCUAGUGGAAGAUGGAUCGAAUCGAUCGAUCACGGAAUCGCGGCGAUCCGAGUACUCUACUCGGAUGUCGGAUAGCCGAGCGACGCGCACCACCACUACACGUGGCCUACUCGAAGAAGCAUGUGCAGAACCAGUAUGCAGGGUGUUUGGCGAAUUUCAACCGGCACGGCGCAGUGGCAGCAGCGGCAGCGGCUGUAUGCGCGUUCUCUGCUUCCUCCUGGCGUGGGUUAAUCGGGCUUGCGGCGUCGUCGCCGCUGCUUCCAGCGCUGCUGCCGCCGUGUCUCGCGGACGUUGCUGCGGAUGAACGUUCGCCGUCGUGCGUCUGCGUGGUUCGCCCGCUGCUCGCCACGAGAUCGGGAACGCGAUUUCGAAAGACGGUGCACGGUGAACGCGGCGAGUUCCGUCAGUCGGUUCCUCGACCAUCUACCACGAGGGCCGUUUGCUUCGCUGGUUGCAGUGGUUGGAUCGCGCGACUCGAGCUUCGAGAACGGCGACGCGCUAUCGUCGGAUCGAGUCAUCCUAGAGGAAUUAUCGGAAGGAGGAAGAGGACCGACGUAGCAGCAUCGAGCAGAUGAGUAUCCCAUUGACGAGACGAGGGAGAACCUGACGAUCCACGUUUGUCUGCAUGAUAGCGAAUCGAGCCAAGUAUUUGUAAACAGGACGUAAGGGGUGAGCGGUCAGACCGUAUCAGAAUUUGGACAUAGAACGGAACUGAAGCCGCCGUAACCGCGCUGACUAGAUCGACGAACAGAGAGCUAUAGACAUCGAUAAGUCGGGGGAUUAUCGGAAGAGAAGCAGGAAACAGACGAGAGAGAAAAACCGGCCGUAGCACACAGCUGUUUAGCACGAAGCCGAGAAUCUCCGACCGUCUUUAGAGCGUACAAUCCUCGAUAACAAAGAGCGCACCAUACUCGCUUUGCGUUGCCUUUUCUCGUUUUCGUCUUUUCUCAGCGAAGACGCAUCGAUCAAGGCUCGUAAAAGCGGACGACUCUUGGCACGAAAGCCCUUCGAUGCAGCUUUAUUCAUUUCGUUCGCACUUUUCGUCCGCCUUAUCUCUCGCUCUGUAUCUGUCUCUGUCUGUCUGUCUGUCUGUCUGUCUGUCUCUCUCUCCCUCUCUCUCUCUCUCUUGCUUCUUUCCGUUACACGCGGUCACGCGCCUCGUCUUCUUUUCGUUCGCUUCGUCCUCCCACCGCGAUUGCAUCAACCACCUGCCUCCUUGCUACUCUGCCGGCUUUUUCGCGCGAUACUCUCUUUCUCGUUCGUUUUUUCCACCUCGCCUUCGUCAAAACGAUUCGAUCGUUUUUUUUAUCCUUUGUAUUUUCAUUCUUCGCUGUUUCAUCUUCCUUUCGGGAGUUGCCCGUUCUUUCCUCGUCCAAGAAGAAAAGAAGGUCCAUUGGAAUCGCGGUCACCACGAAAUACCAGCUCUCUCGCGUUCCGCUCCACCUACGAUCGAGUUGUCCGGCUUUUCAUCGCGCCGAGACCAACGAAAAGGAGACGAAAUUCGCUCUCUGUCGCGGAACACAGGCGACGCGUCAUUCUCCUUUUUCGUUCGCGCAGGAUGCAUCGUUUCUGCUCCGGAUGUUGCCACAUCGCGAUGCCGACGAGACCACGACCAAAGUUUCGACGAGACGUCGAUGGACAGCUGUCCGUUGGCAGCGAUCAUCGAGGCAAGGCCAGGCGAUUUGUCCAAGGAUGGCAACGAGAUGGAAGUGACAUCGCUGGAAGAGGCAAAGUCGGUAAUAGCUGCGCUUCGAGCGAGGCAAAGAGCACAGGCGCAUCAAAUGCUCGCCUGGCGAAGGACCCUGAAAUUGCAGGAGGACCUCGUGGCACGGCUGACAAGGGAGAAGGCAGAGCAGCUACGGACAUUGUCCUCGCAGCUGUUGCUGUUCGAAUCGAGGCUUUGUCGAAAACAGAAGGAGAUCGAGGCUAGUCUGGCGCAACGAGAGUCCAUUAUUCUCAGACAACAGAGGGUGAUUCGUCAAUUGCAGAGCAGAUUGGCGGAAAGAAGUACCGGGACGAGAGAUUCGCCACCUUGCGACGCUCUGGAUAGAUUGGACAGUCUCGGAGACAGCGACAGCGCCGUUGUUCUCGAGGAGGCGGCGGACGACCUAGCGCCACCGAGGUUUCGCUCGAACAUCACCGAUGUGACGGUGAUCCGAUCGGUUUCGGACGCGGUCGAACCGUCGAGCAAGUACUCGUCGAUGCGACGAUGCAACGGUUUCCUGAGGAGACCGGAGAUCUUGGAGACCGUUUACUCGGUGGAGGAGGACGGAGACAGCGAAAACAAUCAGGACCCGUCCGAAUCGACGGAAAACUCGGAAUGCGAGGAGAGACGGGCAAAGAACUUGGGAAACGGAAAGGGCAGACUUCAGGAUUUGUACGGCAGCUUCGAGAGACUCGCUCAAGAGGCAGACUCCCCGCCCAACGAGAGACCAAGGGACGAAAGUCAGCAGGCGCAGGUCACGUACAACAGGGUAAUGAGCAAUCACCGAUCAGUGACGAAGCCAAAAGACGUUAAGUACAAGAGGAUAAACAAGGCGAAGUCGAAAAGCCUGGAAGAACUAAGGGGACGACUGAGAAAUUGGGUGGAGAAAGGGAACAAAAUCGCUAUAUCGUUGGAUCAAUCUUACGCCUGAAUCUCUACUUUCUGAAAGUAUAUUAUAGAAAUUGUUGGAAACGGCGAUCGAGAUCGAUCGAUCGUUCGUCGUCGUGCGCGCGGCAACCUCGACCGUCAACGAUAUGGUGGACGUCGACGCGAUCGAUCGCCGUUGUAUAUUUAAUUAAAUUUCUCAUCGCUCCAUGUGAUAUUUACCGUAGUGUCUCGAGAAUUAAUUAGAAACUUUACGCACCGCGGAAUACGUUGCGCGUGGACAAUUUUAACAUUUGUGAUAUAUAUAAUGAUUUUAUGAUAAUGCAACCACGUUGUCUAGUGAUAAUUAUCGUCGUCGCGAUCGCGGAACGGUAAGAGAAGUAACGCUAAUGGAGGAGAACGAGACAAGAUAAUCGAGAAUAUUUGCUAAUCGCGUAAACGUAACUUGUACUAUGGCAAUCUCGCGUUGCCAAAUUCUCUGGCGUACAAUCUGCAUCGUAAAUCGAAAUUGCCUUUCUCACCGCGAACGAAACUAAACGCGCGCCCGAUAUAACCGAGUCGUAGCUUCCUUCCUUCCUUUCCACGCGUUCGCCAAAUCGUCAAUUACGACCACCGUGCUAUAUCCAUCAACUGACGCAACGUUUGAUCUUCCUCGAAAAAGAGAAGAGCAUACGCGCGAUCGCAUUGUCCAACGGACCUGAGCUCGAUUUUUUUAUCUAUAAAAAUUGCUUAAACGCCGGUCACACGCUAUAUGUGGCUCUGUCGCGUCAUACUCCCUUAUCUGCCUGUAUAUCUUCGCCUAUACGCAAAAAGAACAAACGGAAUAAAAGCUUUCAACGCAUCAUACGCGAAACUCGUACGAUAUUCUCGAGCAUCUUACGAGUUACGAUAUCUUCUUUCUUAUGUCGUUCAACGAACAUCCUACAUUUUAUUCAGUAUCGACAAAUGUGCCACUCUAUCUACUUUUCUAUUAAGAUUUCGUAGGGCGAACUUGCUCAUCGAUUCUAUCGCCAGGCUGAUCGAAACAACCGACACUGUGUACCGUAGCGAAAAGAGACGCGAUUCGAGUUAACGCGCUUACCGUACUCGUAAAUAUCGAAAAUUAUUAUCGAGAGGUAAUACUAUAUGAAAUAUGUGUAUACUGAACGAUAAAAGCUUCAAAAAAAUCACGGUACUUAAAGUAUCGAUGAAAAUAUCUUAACUCGACCACUAUAUUCUGUUACCGCAAUUGUUUCGAUCAGUCUGGCUAGUGAAUUUCUUUAGAUAAUCUUCAAGAUUAUCUGAUUUAAUCGACCGAAGAUAAUCAAUAUCUAUAUACGUAUAUGUGAUGCAUUUAUCGAAUCUAAUGCAGCACGAAUUAUUUUUCGAGAUUUACGAAUGUCUUUUCGAUGCGAUUAAAAAAUGUUCGUAAGACACGAGUUACAUUGUAGCAUAAUAUUUUUCGAUCGUUCUUUACGCCGUACCAACGACACGAACUCGACACUUUAUUUAUUUAUCGACCAUGUAUGUGCGGCCGUCGUCUAACCUUUCUGUCUCAUUUUAUUCAAAUGAGAAAACUAUUCUUGCGGGUACCUGUGUAAUGUUAAAAAAUACAUAGAAACGUUUUCUAUUUCGCGUUCCGUUCGAGGCGAAUUUAUAUUUAACCGGUGCGUUCUCGAACGGGAUAAGGGUACAAGAAAACUAUCGACAAUCCCCAAUUUUGAAAAAAAAAAAAAAAAAACGCAAAACAUAUUCUAUUA